AUUGAAUGGCCUUGUCGAAAUAGACGAAUGAAACCCCAGUCUUUCUAGCCGCUGUCGGUUCAGAUGCAAGGUCGGCCUUCUAUCCCUCCCACCUGGUCACGUCCCAGUUGAAGGCACGGGGCAUCAUAAGUUCAUAACUGCUUGUGCGAUCUUCCGUGGUGGGGAAUUGUGACCCUCCGUCCAGGCGUCACCGUUCAUCCCGCUUCUAUCUUUCAUCAAAUGCUGCAUGUACCUUCACCACCGUCAAAAAGCUACCUUUUGAUAGAUCGCAUUCACCGAGCUCAAUUUUGUACCUGAACCGACUCACCCGCUGUGAGCGCUACGAGCGAAGACAUCGCGGCUUAUCCUUAUACGAGACAUUUUUAUUCUUAUUUUCACCACGCAAAUCGCAGCGCAAACUAUUUAAACUUGUUGUUUGAGACAAACCCCCAGUCCAUCUGUCCACCGCGUUUUUUUAACUGGCUAAGCCUUGCGUGGAGCUGCAAAAUAUCUUCGUCAAUUUUUUUUCUUCUUACGAUCCUGGCGAUUCUGACAAUUACGGCCUUUGCUACUCAAUAGAUAGAAACGAUUCCUAAGUUGAAUACGAUGGCAGGGAUAUUCCGGAAGGUAUAUGACUGGCUACUCAGGACUUUCUGGGCAACCGAGAUGGACGUCACGAUGAUAGGUCUGCAGAACGCUGGGAAGACGUCCUUGCUCCGUGUCCUAUCGGGUGGUGAAUUUACGAUCGACUCCAUUCCCACCGUAGGUUUCAAUAUGAAGCGCGUACAACGUGGCCAUGUGACACUUAAGUGCUGGGACUUGGGUGGUCAACCUCGUUUUCGGCCGAUGUGGGAAAGAUACUGUCGGGGAGUGAAUGCGAUCGUAUUCAUCGUCGACAUCGCAGACCAGGAUCUGCUGCCCAUGGCUAAAGAGGAGCUCCAUUCCCUUAUGUCGCAACCCAGCCUCGAAGGCAUCCCUUUGCUUGUGCUCGGAAAUAAGUCCGACCUUCAUAUCAAACUAAGCGUUGAUGAACUCAUAGAUGCUCUGGAUCUGAAGAGUAUAGGACAUCGCGAGGUUUCCUGCUAUGGGAUUAGCGCGAAGGAGGAGACCAACCUAGACGCCGUAAUUCAAUGGCUCAUGAAAUGGGCCAACAGAUAAACUGAUCUUUGCCGUCCACAG